GAACUAAUGCAGCCAAAAUCUGGGGCCAAUGGAACAACUAUUACUGAGUUCCUUCUAUUGGGCUUGGUGGAGACACCAGAGCUGUGGCCUCUUAUCUUUGUGUUCUUCCUGUUUGCCUACCUGGUCACAGUUGGGGGCAACCUCAGCAUCCUGGCUGCCAUCUUGAUGGAGCCCAAACUCCACACCCCCAUGUACUUCUUCCUGGGAAACCUUUCAGUGCUGGACAUUGGGUGCAUCACUGUCACUGUUCCCUCAAUGUUGAGUCGCCUCUUGUCCCACAAGCGUGAAGUUCCCUAUGGAGCGUGCCUCACACAGCUUUUCUUCUUCCAUCAGUUGGCUGGUGUGGACUGCUUUCUGUUGACAGCCAUGGCCUAUGACCGAUUUCUGGCCAUCUGCCGGCCCCUCACCUACAGCGCCCGCAUGAGCCAUUCAGUCCAGUGGAUACUGGUGGCUGUGUCCUGGGCCUGUGCCUUCACCAAUGCACUGAUCCAUACUAUUGCCCUAACUACACUCAACUUCUGUGGUCCCAAUGAGGUCAAUCACUUCUACUGUGACCUGCCACAGCUCUUCCAGCUUUCUUGCUCCAGCACCCAACUCAAUGAGGGGCUGCUCUUUGCUAUGAGUUUCGUAAUGGCAGGUGUACCUGUGGUUCUCAUCAUCACCUCCUACAUCCACGUGACAGCUGCAGUGCUACGGAUCCGCUCAGUGGAGGGCAGGAAGAAAGCCUUCUUCACAUGUGGCUCCCAUCUCACUGUGGUUUGCCUUUUCUAUGGAACUGGUAUCUUCAACUACAUGCGUAUGGGUUCACAAAACGCUUCAGACAAAGAUAAAGCUGUUGGAAUUUUUAACACUGUCUUCAACCCCAUGCUGAACCCAAUUAUCUACAGCCUCAGGAACCCUGAUGUGCAGGGUGCCCUCUGGCGGGUAAUCACAGGGAAGCGUCACUGA